AUGACUUUUGAUGACCUCAAGAGCCAGAGUAUGAAGGGUCAACUGGAUCAGAAGCCAAAUGGAGAGAGAGACAAAGGUCUUCGUUUUCUUUCCUCUCGGAGGUGGUACCUUGCUGCUAUGGCUCUAGGGAUCCUUUGUCUGGGGUUACUGGUGACCGUUAUAUUGCUGAUAAUCCAAUUAUCCCAGGUGUCUGAUCUAAAGCAACAGCAAGCAAACCUUACUCACCAGGAAGAUAUCCUGGAGGGACAGAUUUCAGCCCAGCACCAGACAGAAAAAUCUUCCCAGGAGUCACAAAGGGAACUCAAAGAAAUGAUAGAAACCCUUGCCCACAAGCUGGAUGAAAAGUCCAAGAAACUAAUGGAACUUCACCACCAGAACCUGAAUCUCCAAGAAGCUCUGAAAAAAGCAGCAAACUAUCCAGGUCCUUGUCCCCAAGACUGGCUCUGGCAUGAAGAAAACUGUUACCAAUUUUCCUCUGGCCCAUCUAAUUGGGAAAAAAGCCGGGAGAACUGCUUGUCUUUGGAUGCCCACAUGCUGAAGAUUAAUAGCUCAGAUGAUCUGGAAUUCAUCCAGCAAGCAAUCGCCCAUUCCAGUUUCCCAUUCUGGAUGGGGCUGUCUCUGAAGAAACCCAACUACUCAUGGCUCUGGGAGGAUGGUUCUCCUUUGAUGCCCCGCUUGUUUAGACUCCAGGGAGCUGCCUUCCAGAUGUAUUCUUCAGGCACCUGUGCAUAUAUACAAAGGGGAGCUGUUUUUGCUGAAAACUGCAUUUUAACUGCAUUCAGUAUAUGUCAGAAGAAGGCGAACCUAUUGAGAGUACAGUGA